CUUCUCUUUUCUUCCUAGUAAUCUGAAACCCAAAUCCCACCAUCUCCAUCUUUUCUCACCGGCGGCGACUUAUCAAGAACUUCCGGCCUGAAAAUCAUCGGAUUCGGCCGUGCCGUUGUCUCGAUCCGAUCUCAUCGGUUCCUUGCCCAACGGCCCUGCCGUCUUCCCCUCUUUCUCUCCCUCUCCCUGUUCUUUCGUCUUCCUUGUAUUGUAUUGGUUGUUUUUCAUCUAUAACCUUCCUAGGUGGUUCGAUUUUACAGUUAUAACCUCGGGUCAUUAAUGACUUUUCACUAUAACUGAGAGGGACCACCACAGUUUAUAUUUCAUUUUUCUUGGGCGGUUUUUCUUGGGGUUGGGUUAAAAUUGGAGUGGUUUUACGUUUGUGCUGAGGUGGCAUGAUUUCGACGGAGCGCUCGAUUGCAAUGUCGAACCACCCUCAUCGGGUAGUGACACCCGGGGCGUCACGGAAACGGAAGGAGAGAGAUGGUCUUGACACACUCAUAGCCGCGACGUCAAUUACAACCCCGACUACCAAGAUUCCAACUGUUGAGUCUGAACCGGCUCUGGUUCAGCCAUGUCCUUCAUCAUCGAACCGGAUUUUAGCCGGGUACAUGGCUCACGAGUUCCUGACCCAGGGAACUCUCCUCGGCCAAAAGUGGGACCCAGUUACGGCAUCCUCCUCCUCCGCCGUGGAAGCCGACGGCAGCAAUGACGAGGAAGGAGAGACGAAGGAGAAGGUUGGAAACGCGAAGGAUGUCGAAAAUGAAGGGGCGGAGCUUACGGUACCGGCAAAGAAGUCGACGGCGCAUCAGGGCUACGCUGCGGUGGCGAACCUUAUGAAGGCGGAUGGGACCCAUAUCCCGGGCAUUGUAAACCCGACCCAACUCUCGCGGUGGCUACAGAUAUGAGAGAAAGAGAGGAAAGAAGAAUGAGAUGGUAUGGAAGCACGUGGCGGAUUGGCAUUGGAGGAUU